AUGCCUGGUCGACGCAACAAGCCGCAACAGGAUUCCGAGCCAGUCAUUGGCCGUCCCCGUGGUCGCGGCCGCGGCCAAAGCGCCUCUCGCGGCCGUAACGCUGCCGCCGCCGCCCCCUCAACCGCAGCGCCACCACCUCCCGUCGCCGCCCCGACGUCUGUCGCGUCCCCAGCAGCCGCUACUGCCUCUCAAGUCGACGCGCUCGCGUCCCAAUUGGAAGACAAGGCGCACGUCGCUGCUGCCGCGCCGCAGCUCGUGCGCCCGCUCGUGCACACGCACUUCCCCCCGCGCCCCGGCUUCGGCAAGCUCGGGAAACCCGUGCAAGUCUAUGCCAACCACUUCCGCGUCGACUUGAAGCUGGCCGGCGACGUGUUCCACUACGACGUGGCGAUGGCGGAGCAGGGCGGCCGGAGUUUCGGCAACGACGGGCCGCCCAAAGCGCUGGCCAACCAGAUCCUCCAGACGCUCGUGGCCGACCUCCAGCGCCAACUCCCCACCGUCGUCGUCGUCUCGGACGCCCGCCGCAACCUCUACACGCCCACGCGGCUGCCGUUCGCCACGCGCACGUUCGACGCGUCGCAGCUGCCCGCCGACGGCGGCCGGGGCGCGGAGGUUCUCGGCCACCGUCAAGGAGGCGUGGCUAGCCAGCGUGGACGAGCUCUUUAG